GCCCGCAACCACAAGAAGAAACCUGCAGGAGAUGCCCGAUCUGUCGCGACGGGUGCUCUGCCUGGCACUCCUCGUCGCCGCGCUCGCCGCCCUGCUCCUCCGGCUCCCGAUCCGCAGCCACCUCCUCAAGCCCCGCGCCGCCAUGGACCCCGACUCCGAGGUCGAGUUCGAGCUGCAGGGCGUGAUGCGCAUGUACAAGAGCGGCCGCGUCGAGCGCUUCGACGGCACGGAGACCGUCCCGCCCUCCCCCGACGGCGACCCAGCCAACGGCGUCACUUCCAAGGACGUCGUCCUCGACCCCGCCGCAGGCGUCUCCGCCCGCCUCUACCUCCCGCCCGGGGUGGAGCCAGGCAAGAGGCUCCCCGUCGUCGUGUUCUUCCACGGCGGCGCGUUCAUGGUCCACACCGCCGCCUCCCCGCUCUACCACAUCUACGCCGCCUCCCUCGCCGCCGCGGUCCCCGCCCUCGUCGUCUCCGUCGACUACCGUCUCGCGCCCGAGCACCGCCUCCCCGCCGCCUACGACGACGCGUUCGCGGCCCUCAAGGCGGUCGUCGCCGCGUGCCGCGCGGACGGCGCCGAGGCCGAGCCUUGGCUCGCCGCGCACGGCGACGCCUCCCGCGUCGUCCUCGCCGGGGACAGCGCCGGCGCCAACAUGGCGCACAACGCCGCGAUACGGCUGCGGAAGGAGCCCAUCGAUGGCUACGGCGACACGGUCAGCGGCAUUGUGCUCCUGCACCCGUACUUCUGGGGGAAGGAGCCGCUGGGCGCGGAGCCCACGGACCCCGGUUACCGCGCCAUUUUCGACCCCACGUGGGAGUUCAUCUGCGGCGGGAAGUUCGGCCUCGACCACCCGUACAUCAACCCGAUGGCGGCGCCGGAGGAGUGGAGGCAGCUCGGGUGCCGCCGCGUGCUGGUGACCACGGCGGAGCAGUGCUGGUUCGUGGAGAGGGCGCGGGCGUACGCGGAGGAGAUCAAGAAGUGCGGGUGGGACGGGGAGCUCGAGUUCUACGAGACCAAGGGCGAGGAGCACGUCUUCUUCUUGCCCAAGCACGGCAGUGACAACGCCGUCAAGGAGCUCGCCGUCGUGGCCGACUUUGUCAGGCGCUGUUGAGAUUGAUUUGCUUGUUCGUCCGGCACGGCGGCACCUGGUGUGUGAUUUAGCAACAAAGAUACGCACAGGCACAGUUAUAAUGAUUUUGAUUUUGUUGGCCAGAUUGCAAGAUUUGGAAGGAAAAAUGAAACUGUCUAAUCUGGCAGCAAUACUCCUGGUUCUGAAUUUCUGAUGCGCAUUCAGAAUUUGAGAUUGGCAUGGCACUGAAUUUCUAAAGUAGGCAACCAACCUGCUGUGUUUGAUCC